ACUGAUGAUUACGUCACAACCCCUGAAGUCUGUCAGUUCGCAGCGGAAUAUUUUGAACACCCGUUGAUUUAUCGUUUCUAUGCUGUCACACGAGACAGUUUUUUAUGAGUAUUUAUUUGUCGGUAAAUUGAACCCGCAAUAAUUUCCGAAGUCGUACAAUUCUUUUGUUAAUCGGAAGAAUACUUUUAAUACUUUAACGGCAAGAACCACAGCGCACUUUCCUUGACGUGCACGCUACCACAGCAACAUGUGGUCGCCAUGGAGACGGAGCACACUGCGGAACUUCUCAUUUACUCCGAAUCAUCCAUCCCAAAACAAAGCAUGUGUUUUUUUCUUGCUUUAAGCAAACCUUACCAACAAAAAAAUAAUACUCAAACGUUCAUAAUGAAGACAAAACCACUGAGCUAACGCCGCAGCAGUCUAAUGGGCGCCAUGGAGAGGAAAUAUGAGCUGUGUGGGCCCUUUCUGCCAAGGAGGCACCCCUCGUUGAAAACAAGUGCAGAAAUAGUGGAUGAAGCAAGACGCACCCUCCGAGCUCAGUCCACCCAGAGACCUUGCACCCCCAGGGAUGUGCAGAGGCAACUUUUUGCAAGAAGCUCUAUCCGUGCAGACCACAACAGCAGACCUUCAUCAACCUUCAGUCUCCACGCACAGAACUUUGAUGUCUCCGACUCCCGGCCGAGUUCAGGGACGCGCCUCUCUCCUCUGGAGCAUAAGUCCAAAGUUGCAGUUCUCAACAAGGAUGAAAAGUUCUCCCCCAAACCACCCACUGAACCAGUGGACACAAAGAGGGGGGGGCUGCCGGUGACACGGGCACGUCUCCUCAGGGCGACGUCUCUCACCACAUUGCCUCCUCUAGCGGGACAUGCAGAGGCACAAGAACGAUUAAAACUAGGCAUGUCGAAAAAGUUGCCACCACCCCAAACUCAGGUCUGUGGAGACCACAAUGAGAUCCCUGCGGUUCCUCACAAACAUGGUCCACGCAGAACCCAGAGUGAAAGCAAGCUAACACAGCCCAACGAUAACACCAGAGUCAGAACCACAGAAGGCGGACCGGAAUGGAGAACAGAUUUGGGCGAUGGACAGACCACCGCAAGCGCAGUUGAAGACUCCAAGUGGGAUAAAAUAGCGCCUCUUCUCCAGGAGCUAAAGGCUACGGCUGCAAGCAGGAGCUCUGAGGCCUCGCUGGAGCGUCUGUGUGACUUGUGUGUCAGUCUCCAUGACGCCUUGGCAGAGGCUGGCAUGCUGGGCCAUCAUGGCUGCAAGAAGCGCUCCACCAUACUACGAACCCUGUUUCAGCUCAUUGACCUCAACUCUUCACGGCUUGAUCUGCACAUCGCCGAGCUCUGCCUCGCCUUGCGUGUCAGCGGGAACAACCUGCUCAACAUCUGUAAGCUCGUCUUCCAGAUCAGUCGCAAUGAAUCCAACGACGCCCUCUUCCAGGACAACUCAGUCAUAGACUUCCUGCUUGGACUGUUGCUCCGCGAGGAGGUGUCUACAUCUGGAGAAGCGUUGUUUUACUGCGUCGGCACGCUCAAGUUUCUCUCGGGAAACACUGCGAUCGUACGCCUCCUGUUGGACAAAAACUGCAUGAGAGUGGCUCAGAAGUUCGUACAGAAACUCUGCACUGUUGACGACGCAUUCUUUACAAUGGCUGGACACAUCUUAGUGCAGCUGACGGCCACCCUGAGGAACCUUGCUGACCACCUUGAGGCCCGGCCGCUCUUUGUCUCCUACUCGCUGAUGUCACAGCUCUGCUUGGUGCUGCAACGCCAUCGCCAGGACCAAGAUGUCUGUACCAAUGUUUCUAGAAUCUACAGUAAACUCUCCUCUUAUGCGGAGUGCCGCCUCUCACUGGCUGAGAACCCUGACUGCUACCAUCUAUUUUUAGAACUACUGAGCAAACAUCACCAAAAACAGGACCUUGUCGUGCGACUCCUCUUCACGCUGGGCAACCUCACGGCAAAAAGCGACGAGGCUCGUCAGCAGCUCUUCCACUGUGAGGAUUGUGUAGACACCCUCCUGCGGCUGUACGACGACUACCAGCUGAGGGAGGACUCGCCGGCACCCACUGCGGCCAGCAUACGGGAGGGCGAGGAUGUGCUGGUGAAGCUGGUCAGGGUGCUGGCCAACAUGUGCAUUCAUCCUGAUGUGGGCGCGGCACUGGCCAGCAACACCACCUGCAUCCAGCUGCUAAUGGAGACGCUAGAGCUGAGGUCAGUGCAGGAGAGCGAGGAGUUGAUAGUGAACGUGGCCGCCACCAUCAACAACCUGACCUUCUAUCACAAAGACAGCUCGGCGCUGAAACGCAGUCAGCUGGCCAUUGCGGGGUUGAUGCUGAAGUUGAUGGUCAGCUCCAACAUGGACGCCAUCCUGGAGGCCACCCGCGUCUAUGGAAACUUGUCACAGUCCAAAGAAGUGCGGGACUUUGUAGUACAAAAUGAAGUGUACAGGUUUGUGGUGACACUGCUGGACUCUAAGAACCCUGAAGUCUGCUUCUCAGCCUGCGGGGUCCUCACCAACCUGGCGCUGGACCCUCCCAACCGAGGCCGUCUGUCAGUGGAAGGGGCUGCUGCAAAGCUAACAGACUGUCUGCGAGACUUCGGAGCAGGUGACUGGCAGCUGGCGGGCCAGGUGUGUCAGGCCUUGUGGAACAUGACCGGCGGCGGCUCAGAAAAGCUUCUGGACACACAAGAGGGACGGUCGCUGCUGGAGAUCCUCACGUCAUACUUAGAUGAAGACAAGGUCCUGAAGUGGGCAGGAAACAAGGACUUGAGUGGCUACCACAGAGAGUCCUGGGAGUUGGACUUCCGACCCGUAGCCCAAAAACUGCUGACAGAGAUUGUGACAUAAAAAAAACAGGUGAUUCCUAACAUGUCAAAGGUUCAUGCAUCCUCAGGUAAACAUCAAAUGUUUUUACUAGUCUACCAGCUGUACUGUACCACAGCUAAUGUGAAUGUGUUCUUCUCUUAAGUUGAGCCUCUAGCAUCAUGUCAAUGUUAUUUCAAGCACUUUAAAAGUAAAUUCCUUUAAAGCGAAACUGUUCCUUUUAAAGUGUCUUUGCACAUUUAUGUAACAAAUUGGCAAUUUUAUGGCAUUGCAGUCAUGGAUGAGUCAUUUCGAGAAUCUGCCUCAUAAGCAAACUGUUUAAGUGUGUGUGUGUUUGUGUGUACAUGUGUGAGAGAUGCUUGUAAAACAAAUAAAACAGCAGGAAGCAAGACAUGUUUAGCCUCUGGAAAACCUUUAUUAUUAGUACACAGACAUGGGGCCCAGGCAGUGCUUACAAGUAGCCUCUAAAAGUACAGCAUUUCAGUCACAUUACAUCAAAACAAAUCAGGAACGGCACUUUGUGUACAAACCUUAAAACACUCUUUACAUCUCAUGAACAAACAAUUCAGUGGGUUGAUAUGAAAUAUGAGCUGAUGUUGAGGUUGUUUGCUUUGUAAUCCUAUAAAUGAGAUGUGAGUGAAGGCAGUUUUGGGGGUAGUGAUUGUGCUGGUGAUGAUGUCGUAACACAAAAUGUUUAAUUUGGCUCUCUCACAUAGAGAAAUGUGAUUCCACCCCCCCUCCGUGUGAGGUGCAUGAGAAACAGUAAGCUGUUCCACUUGCACCUCAAACUUUGACCUGGAUCAUGCCACGGGGGCAGAGGAGAUGGGAUGAGUCACAUGGUUAUCCAGCUGACCGACACUUGAACUCAACACUAGCCGAAGCUCAGUGAGAAUAGUGCGAUCCCCCGUUUUGCAUGGACAUAUCCCAUUUCCACUUUCCAUAACAAUGUGAACCUCAUUUAGUGCGCUUUCUUGCACAAUCCUCACUGAUGAUUCAACCAAACAACUUUACGCUACAAAUGAUACACAAUUCAAUAUCAUAAAUUUAUUUUUUUUGUAAAUUUUUCAUAUAUUUUCAUAUAAAAAGUGUCAGUAACUGACAUCAGUCAGAAGUUUGGAAAACAAAAACUCUCCACUCUUUUUCCUCCAACAACUUCCAAAGGUACCAUUCUUUUGUCGUCACCACCCCAUCGAAACGUUUAUCUCUCUUAAUCCACCCUAAAAAAAAAAAUGCAGUACUUGUUUUAGUGAACAAAACAACACUUAUUUUUUUGUUUUUUUUUUUU